GGCCAGCCUUCCCAUUGGUCGACACCUCAGGACGAGAGUUUGGCGCAGGCCCGCGCCCAAACCGCGGGGAACCGGCGCUCGGCUAUAAAUAGUUUUUCCCUGACCCUUCGGUUUUCAAUGGUCGCGCCAGCUGCAGACCUGACGUCAGGACCGACGAAUCGCUGCUGAGUCAACGAACGCCGUGCUACAUCGACUGGCCCACAGAUGGCGUCGUGUGCAAGGUCCCUGCUAGUGCCCCUGUCGCGCCACGCAGCGGCCGCCCUGUCGUCUGCGAGGGCAGACCUUCUGCGCAAGGGCGCCACGCCGACGCUUCAGCACAUCAGGCGCUACCAGCAGAAGCGCAGGACCGGCACGGCCGCACUGCAGCGGCAGCGGCAGACGCAGACGCAGCUCAGCGUGAUCACCGCGCUGCCCACCGGCGCGCAGACGGUCAAGGUGAUCUUCAGCGAUGACGAGGCGUGCGAGGUCAACUACAUCUGGCUUCGGGAUAACUGCAACUGCGCCCACUGCAUCCACCCGGAGAGCAAGCAAAAGCUUGUGGACACGGCCGGUCUGGACUACAACGUGCGUCCGGUCAGCAUGGAGGUCUCGCCCGAUGGCAGUCUGGAGGUCACGUGGGGCGACUCCAAGGGCACGCACCACUCCUCCUACGACCCGCUCUGGUUGUACCGGAACGCACGCAGCUACAUGAUGAAUGCAGACGCGGAUGAAAACCACUGUCCGCUGCCGCCUAUGGUGUUCUGGGACAGGGUGUCCAUCUGGAAGAGUUUUCCGGAGGUCGCCUACAAGGAGUUCAUGGACAGUGACGACGGCCUCUACCGAUGGCUGGACUGCAUGCACAAGUAUGGCGUCGUCGUGCUCAGAGGCGUGCCUUGUGUCAAGGGCGAGAUCCUGACCGCCGUGCGGCGUGUGGCGUACGUCAAGUCGACCAUCUGGGGCGACACAUUUGACGUGAUCUGCGAGCCCGUCCAGACCGACCCCGGCCACCUGGCCUACACCGGCAUGUACCUGGAGCACCACACCGACAUGAACUACCGGGAGAACUCGCCCGGCCUUCAGAUGCUGCACUGCCUUAAGGCCAUGGACAGCAAGGAGGACGUGGGUGGCAAGUCCUUCUUCGUGGACGGCUUCAUGGUGGCCAACUGGAUGCGCGAGCACAGCCCGGCCGCCUUCCACAUACUCUCCUCGACGCCCGUGCAGUUCAGCAUAAUCUCGCACAAGAUGCGGUACAGCCAGACGAAGCCUGUCAUCUGCGUGAACAAGGACGGCAACGUGUGUGAGAUCCACUACAACAACCGGACGCUUGCACCGGUGCAGGUGGCCCCGCACCUCGUGGCACCCUUCUACCACGCUCUCAAGGAGUUUGCCAUGAAGAUGCGCGACGCAAACUCCGAGCUGAGCUUCAACAUGGCCCCGGGUGACCUCGUCGCCUUCAACAACCGCCGCGUUCUCCAUGGCAGGACAAGCUUCGACCCCGCCAAGGUCACCAGGCACCUCGAAGGCUGCUACGCCGACAUCGACGAAGUCUUCACUAAGUACCGGGCCAUGCACUCUACGAGACCGUGAUCUAGACUGUGCAGGGACUCAUCCUCCAUGUCCUCAUAGAGCGGUGUCCUUACAGGGCUCACGGAUGCCUUCAUCCUCAACAGCGAAAAAUACGUCAGAUGUACUUUCAAGAUUUCAAGCAAAUGAUCGAGCUGAACUUUUCUGCUUGUUACCGAAGAUUAGCAGGUGUUUGUGCCAAAUCUUUGACCCAGAUCUUUCAGGUUAAAGGCAGCUUAAUAAGGAUUUUGCUAGUUCAAGGUAGCGAAGAAAAUUUGUCUUUGCAAGAUUAGUGUACACUUUCGGAGCUUAUAUCAUAUCGAACGUGUGCCAACUUUCUAGUCCUGUCGUGUGUGUGAAAUCACGGGUCGCUGAUGUGUUGCUUCAAUGGUGGUAUGUGCGUCUUCAUAUUUUGCGUGUUCUGAUAAAACGUUCAUCAUAGUUA